CCGUAUCCUCUUCAAUAGGAUUGAAGAUCUUCUUCACCUCUCUUCCUCUCUCUCUCCUCUCCCUCUCCCUCUUCCUCUCUCUCCAAAUCUAUCUAUAUUUGCCGAGAUUCCUGGAGCUAGGAAACACCGUGCCGUUUAUUUUUUCAAAAGUAUAGAAAGAGAGAGAUGGAAGUUAAGGUUAGAGAGUUUGUGCCGUUUGUGGCAAUGGUGAUAAUGGAGGCAUGCACGAUUGCUCUUACAAUAUUGGCCAAAACGGCUUUAACGGGAGGGAUGAGUCCUUUUGUGUUCGUUGUUUACACAAACGCUUUAGGAUCUAUUCUUCUUCUUCCCUUUUCUUUCUUCUUCCACAGAAAUGACAGAACUGAAGAAUCUAUCUUUUCGUGGCCACUCCUCGUUCGUGUUUUCUUUUUAGGCUUCACCGGGAUAUUUCUAUUCCAAAACUUAGCAUUUGUGGGACUAAGCUUCAGCUCACCUAUAGUGGUAUGUGCAAUGGGAUUACUCAUUCCUUCAUUCUCCUUCUUGCUCAAUCUUAUCCUCGGAAGGAGCAAGUUAAAUUGGAGAAACAUGAGCACGAGGGCUAAAGUUAUGGGAACAAUAAUCUCAUUAAGCGGAGCAUUCGCUGAAGAAUUGUACAAAGGUCCCUUCGUAAGACCAGCGUCGUCUUCUUCCCCAACUCGUCUUCUCAAAUCAAUCCCUAAACUAUUGGUCUACUACAACAUCCCUGACAACUGGUUCCUCGGCUGUAUCUUUUUGGCUGCCGCUGUUUUUUCUGUCUCCCUAUUCAAUGUUAUUCAGACAGGGACGGUCAAAAAGUAUCCACACGUAAUGAAAGUGGCUUCGCUUUACAGCAUAGUUGGGACGAUCCAAUGCCUAAUCUUUUCGCUGUUCAUGGAAAGAGACCUAAGUGCAUGGAAGAUCGAACCUAACUUCGAUCUUUGCCUCAUUAUUGCCACGGGAAUCUUCGGAAGUGUAAUACGGACAAGCGUACAAGUAAAGUGUACCCAAAUGAAAGGACCAUAUUACGUGCCAUUAUUCAAGCCCUUUGGCAUAUUUUGGGCAACACUCUUUGGCACCAGCUUCUUCGUCAACAGUCUUCACUAUGGCAGUGUGUUAGGCGCAGCCAUAGGUGGCGUUGGAUAUUACACAGUUUCUUGGGGACAACUGAGGGAAACAGAAGAAAAACAAAAUCCAAAAGAAGAAAGAAAGCCCAUCAAAACUAUUCAUCAUUGCGAGGAAGAUGAAUACAAAGUUCCAUUGCUUAUUAAUCAGGAAGAAAGUCCUGUCUGAAUAAGAAAAGGAGGGUCGAUCGUUUAAAUAUUUGCUUGCCCUCUUUCUUUCUAUGUGGCGUAAAUAAGAAGAAAUGCGUGUGAGAGUGUGUUUAUAUAAGUCGUCAGUGUCAAUGGGAGAUUGCUGAAGUAGGCUUUUUGGUCCGAAACGCAAAACCCCCCAAUGUACCAAUGUAAAUACAUGUUUGGAUAUCUAGAGCACUCUAUUAGAGCA